AUGAGGUUUACCAUUCAGAACAAUCAUUCUGGAAGCAGUGCAGAGGAUGGACUGAAAAAGAAAAGAUUAAUUCAAAGGGCAGUUAGAAGACGUUUCAGUAUUACUGAUGUUGCCAGAGCGAUUGAAUUACUGGAAAAACUACAAGAAUCUGGAGAAGUACCAGUGCACAAGCUACAAUCCCUUAAAAAAGUACUUCAGAGUGAGUUUUGUACUGCCAUUCGAGAGGUGUAUCAAUACAUGCAUGAAACGAUAACUGUUAAUGGCUGUCCCGAAUUCCGUGCCAGGGCCACAGCAAAGGCAACAGUUGCAGCUUUUGCUGCUAGUGAAGGCCACUCCCACCCUCGGGUAGUCGAACUGCCAAAGACUGAUGAAGGCCUUGGCUUUAACGUGAUGGGAGGAAAGGAGCAGAAUUCCCCCAUUUAUAUCUCUCGCAUCAUUCCUGGAGGGGUGGCCGAAAGGCACGGAGGCCUCAAAAGAGGAGACCAGCUGCUGUCAGUGAACGGAGUGAGUGUGGAAGGUGAACACCAUGAGAAAGCUGUGGAGCUACUCAAGGCUGCUAAGGACAGCGUCAAGCUGGUGGUGCGGUACACCCCGAAAGUCCUCGAGGAAAUGGAGGCUCGCUUUGAGAAGCUGCGGACAGCCCGGCGUCGGCAGCAGCAGCAAUUACUAAUUCAGCAGCAGCAACAGCAGCAGCAGCAACAGACACAGCAAAACCACAUGUCAUAGGUCCUUGAAGAAAAGCUAUUUGAGCAAACAUCUGAUAGUCACAAAUUUGAAACCGUGCUUCUGAAUCCCAGCACAUAGUAAAAUGAAAAGACAACACUGAUAAUUAUACCUGUCAAGAAGCUGUGACCAUGUGGUGUAUCAAUUCUUUACCAAGGCAACUCGACACCUGCUUUCUCGGGGGGCCGAACCCCAGCUGCUCUGUCUGCUCUUUACACACGCAGACCUUCCAUCCACUGCAGUGGGAAUUCUCCGUGUGCCCAUGGAGAGGUUUUCCAGUCUGCAGACUGACACAGGCUAAGAAUAAAGUCCGUGACUUUCAGAUAAAUCACCAGGGCCAGGAUUAAGUAAAUCUUGGGUCUAUGGCUUUUCCAGAGAUUAACAAAUCCCUCAUUAGGCUAAAGUUCAAACUGCAUCAGUUCAAUAUUGUCACCACUUAAACCCACACAUUGCCCCUCACCCUGACCUGUUUCACAUCCAUAUUGCUGAGCUGUCAGAAUUAGAAAUUCGGUUAAUUGCAAAGUCAACGUCUUUUCCCCUCUUGAAAACAAGUAAUUAUACUAUAUUUAUACUCUUUUUCAGGUUCUCAAAGCAAUUGGCUUUUUAUUUUCUGUUCAUGAAUUUUAUUAUGCAUUAAUAGAGUGGGGCGAUAUAACUCAACUUUCAGUUUGCUAGAAGCAAGGAUAGAGAACUCUAGUACUGUAUUUUUUUUAAUUUAAGUAUUGCUUGUAUCUAUUAUUAAUUCUAACAGAAUGUAAUGUAUAUUUAUUCCACAAAAUAUAUAUUAUGAGAGUGUAUUUGUUACAAACUUAGGCUUUUUCUGAGCAAGUGUUAUGAAUCUGGUAAGAGAGACAAUUAGCAAAGGACCUAGCUUCAUGAACUGAUCCUCGUAUGAUACUUAUGUAUAACCCUGCUCUCAAUAUUUUUUUUAAGUUUUAUAUUUUUGAUUGAUAAGCUCUAGAGAAAUCUAAUCUCUUUCUCCCUACACUGAUGUGCUGCCAUAGACAACUAAAUUAUAAUAUGUGUGUAUAUACAAAUAUGUAUGUCAUACAAAGUUUAGGUCAGUUUUCCCAAUAUAAAAUGGAUAUUUUUGGCAAUCUAAGAUCCAAAGUAUUAUCCCUUUUAAAAUCAAGUGUAUGUGAACCAGUGAUAAUAAUAUUGUGAAUGAAAAGAUACUGCUGCUUCUAGAAGAUAAAGAUGCCUCCUUCAUUACAUGAUUCAUGUAGGUCAAUAGACAAUGAUAGGGCCACAUACACAGAUUAUAACUUUUGACUUACAGUAAAUCUAGGCACGUAAGUCUAGUUUUACUCUAUGGAAUGAGUAGGAAGCAAUAAUUAUUUGGGCACUUAAAUACUUUAAGCACACAAGUGUACCUGAAAAAAGAAUAAAGGUCCAGUUGAAACAUUCCAAAUGCAUCAUUAAAACUGAAGCAAGUAUUCGACUAUUCCCUUUCCUCAAAUGCAGAAAUUGAUUCCUCGAGAUAGAAUAAAUUUCACAUUUCAGACGGUCCUCCAAAUUAAACAUUUAGAAAGCUCAAUUUAGGAACUGUUUUCUUGAAAGUCAACUAAUCAGAAUUACCCAGCACCUUUUAAUUUGCCCUGUCAGGUGAUAUUGUCAAGGCCAAGAUCUGCCUACUCUUCAUAGUCCAUCACCCAACAAACGGCAAGGGAAGUAAGAGAUACACCAAUUUCAGCAAGGCCCUGCCGUGGUAACAGAUUCUCAUACUUGAAAACCUAUCAUUUUGUACUAGAUAGAGCUGGGGGGAGGGCCAGGGGGAGGGCCCUGAAUGUUAUGUAAAAUAGGUUUACAAACGAGAUAAGCAUGACUAAAGGGAACGAAUGGAGACUGCUUGAGUAUUAUUCAGUUUGAAAGAGGUAGUUUUCAUUUUUAUAAGAAAAAUUUAAUAAAACAUAUAUUUUAGUUAUCAUUUAACAAAGAAGUAUUAAAGCUAUUCAGGCAAUGCCACUGAUUCUCAGAAAGGGAAAUCAUUGAACCCUUAUAAUGAGAAAAGGGUCAUUUCGACACAUUUUAAUACAGUGUAUAAAUUUGGAACUUAAGGUGAGUAUGUUUUUAUUUGACCAUGUUUGGUUAAUGUUAAAUUAUCACAUUUUAACAUCAAUAUAAAUAUUGUCAUGGAAUUACAGAACAAUUAUCAAAUGAGCAGAUAUCUUACAUUUGUGUUUUCUAGAAGUCUUUGUAUUUUUGUGCUGCAUUUGCAUAAUGUUAAGUGCUAAUAAAUGUAUGUCAGGUCGUUUGUCA